AUGAACCCCAUUAAACUUAACCUGACUGGUAGUCCUCGCGAAAUCGGUAUCCAACAUGGCCGAGCAUUGUAUGAACAAAUUCGCAGCCAGAUAAGCAUCUACGAGAGCAUGUUUCAAUACACCUCGAAAAUAUCUUGGUCAGAUGUUCGCGAUAUCGCAAAGGAGUUCAAGUCUCCCCUACAGAGCUUGGUUCCGCACAUCUACUCGGAGAUGGAAGGAAUUGCCGAGGGCGCGGAAUUAGACAUAUUUGACAUCGUGGCCCUCAACUGCAGAAGCGAAAUCGCCCUGGGGAGAUUUUCGGACGGUUGCACAGCUCUAAGUUGGAAGAAAUCUAACAACGCGCGAGUCCUAUCACAAAAUUGGGACUGGACUGCUACCGUGAAGAACAACUUGGCUAUGGUAUCGAUUGAGCAGAUCGGGAAACCAACAAUAUACAUGGUUACUGAAGCAGGAAUCGUUGGUAAAAUUGGGUUCAACUCGGCCGGCGUUGGAACCUGCCUCAAUGCGAUUCGAGCAAAGCCUAUGAUCAGCAGUAAGCUUCCUAUCCAUGUUGCAUUGCGACUGUGCCUUGAGAGCACCUCCGUCGGCAGCGCUGUAAAAACUCUCGAGUCUCUAGGGGGUGUGGCUUCUGCUCAGCAUAUUCUGGUUUCCGAUAGCACCCAAUCUUUGGGUCUGGAACUUUCGCCGGUAGGCAACAAGUAUCUAACGGAGGAUGCUUCGGGUCUCAUCGCGCAUAGCAACCAUUUCAUUGAAAACCAUUACGUUGAAGAGCCGCCGUGGCUUUCAGGUUCGCCAAUUCGCCUUGACCGAAUCAGGUAUCUGGCACAUGAGCUUAUUGCAAAUGGUGUGAGUGGAGAUACCAUCACGCCGGGUCUAUUGCGAGAAAGAAUCUUUUCCGAUACAUACAACGCUCCACAAGCAAUAUGUUGCAAGGAAGACGAAUCGCGCCACAUCUCCACACGCAGUAGCUCUUUGUUCAAUAUUGUCAUGAAUCUUAACUCUGAAGCACCGAGUGCAGAAGUGGUAUUUGGCCGGGUGGGCUCUGGGGAGGAAGGGCCGGUUCUGAAAAUGCCUUGGGUAUAG